AUGAGAGCUGAUUUAUUUUCGAUUCUGAUACUAGCAGCUGUUAUUGCUAGCACCUAGGCCCUUCCCAAUUAUUCUUAAUGCCUUGACUGUUUCUACACAAACAGAACCAAUGCCUACUUCUGCUAGAGUAGUCUUUAAUGCCUAGGCAUUAAGAAUCCUAACUGCCCUUCAAAUCAAAUAGUUCUUAAGAAUUACCAAUGCAUUGAGGGCUAUGCCGAGUGCUAGAAUUUUACUUUCACAUCACUUUCUCCAGGCACAGUUUAUCAGAAUUCUGUGGGUUUACUUCCUGGAUAUGGAUGCUUCAUUCAGAUUGACAGACUCUUUGAUGGAGGUUAUGGAACUCUUCAGAUCACUUUCGAAAACCCUUCAGUUCUAGUAUUUGAUGAGUAUAAUAAAUAGUACCAAUCAAAUGACUAACUAGGGUUAAUACUCAAUGAAGAUGGAUGGGGACCAAGAAAAGUAUUUGUUGUUAAUUCAGACCCUGACAGUAUUCUUGGCUUUACUGCUGUUUAUUCACAAGGAAUCAUUUCAAAAAUAAACUUAAUAGCUACUACUGCUCUAGUGAUGAUAGUUCUAAGUUUAAACAUAAUUUGA